AUGUCCUCCAUCCAUUCCGUCAAGCGCUCACAGAGCCAUCUCGCAUGGGACAACAGCAUUCCACCGGUGAUAAUUAUCCCAUCCGGCGACACCGUCACAUUCUCCUGUCUAGACGCCUCUAAUGGGCAGAUCACCCAAUCUUCCACCCCCAACACGCUUUCCUCUCUUAUCUUCUCCCAGCUCGACCAACUCAACGGGCCGGUCUACGUGCAGGGCGCCGCGCCAGGAGACACGCUCCAGAUCGACGUCCUCUCUGUCGACACUGCCGAUUGGGGCUGGACGGCGCUCAUCCCCGGCUUUGGGCUGCUGAGCGACGAGUUUCCAGAUCCAGCUCUGAAGAUCUGGAAGCUGAACAAGGAGGAGCAGUAUGCGUGGUUCGAUAAGGAAAAGGGGAUCAAGGUCCUGUUAAGGCCAUUUGCGGGGGAGAUGGGCGUUGCUCCAGGCAAGAAGGGUGCAUUCUCGACGAUCCCGCCGUAUGCGACAGGCGGCAAUAUCGAUACACGCCAUGUUUGUGCAGGUGCGGCGCUCUACUUGCCCGUGGAGGUCGAGGGGGCGCUGUUCUCCAUUGGGGACGGGCACGCUGCUCAAGGCGACGGAGAGGUCUGUGGCACCGCAAUCGAGACCCCCAUGCAGGUCACCGUCCGCUUGACUGUUCGGAAAGACCGUCCGUACACCAAAACGCCGCACUUCCAGACCGCUGCUACUGGUGGUGCAAACGUGCGCGACGGACGUGGAGGUGGAGAGGCGCAGUACUAUUGCACGACUGGAGUCGACUCCGAUAUUCGCGAGGCGACCCGAGGCGCGGUGCGGAAUAUGAUUAAUUUCCUCGAGACCGAAUACCAGCUCGAUCGGGUAGCUGCGUACAUGCUCUGUAGCGUUGCAGGAGACCUGCGGAUGCACGAGGUGGUCGACAUGCCGAACUACGUUAUUGGCAUGAUGCUCCCGACAUCCCUAUUGCGCGGAGCUCGGGCGUGA